AUAAUCUGCAAGGUGGUCAAUGAAGAGCGCUGUUUACAAAGCCUGCGUUACUGCUUUUGCUUCCCCCUUAGAUCUCUUCAACUGAAGAAUGCCAUUCUUGAAAGGUGGAAGAGCAGCAGUGACUAGAACGAAAAAGUACUUAGAAGCUGGAAGAAUAAUUUUAAAUGAUGGUGUUAAAAUUAUGGUUAUCAAUCAUAUCCCCGGGGCUGAAAUAUCCCAUGGAUGCGAUGAAUUCAUUAAAUGGCAUCUACCCCCAUUACAAUUUCGAAAUCCAAACGUUCAGAUCAUUACAUUCAAAAAUAUGUUUCCAACACCAUUUAUAAAGAUAUAUCUUGAAAAAGAUGAAGAAGAGGUGGUCAAUUGUGCUUUCCGCAAAAAUGCCGAUAUCUAUGAUCAUUUGCACACGUUACUUGGAAAGACCACGUCGCAAUCGGCUGAGUCAUCAUCAGUGGUAAAUGAUGCUCAGACGACAAGAAAUCCGUCGAAUUUUGGAACAGAUUUCCCACGUCAGUGUAUAUGUGAAGUCUAUGGACAAAUGCCGUGUUCUUCCCACAUAGGCAAACCAAAGUUGUGGUCACACUUACAAUAUACCCUACCAUCAGUCGAUUUGGAGACAACAAUUCCUCGGAAAUAAUUCAUCGGAUUAUUUGAAUCUGUGUGUGUAUAUAUGUAUUUUUAAGAAACAGGUUAUUAUUCCUGCUCCUAUUGUAGAAAAGUUACUUUUUUUCUAGAAAAAUCCUACCUUACGUUACUCUUCCAUCAUACUUUCUCACAUACUACUUAUAUGUGUAUUGAUUUGAAAGGUUGAAUUAUCAAAAAUAAAAUGUUACAAUAUUGUUAUGUUGCUGCUGCUGAGUGGUUAAUAGUAGUUUUCCCCGUCGCCAAAUUGUUAU